AUGCCAUAUAUCAACACAGUCACCCCCUCCAAACCUAAUUCUUCUUCCAGCAAUGGCUUCGAGAACCUCGUCCAAGACCUAAGUGACGCUCUGGGUCCGAGCUCGGGUCUAGAUUCCGAUGACAUUGAUCCAAUGGACAUCCUGCGCUUAAUGGAACGAUAUGAUUCAAACCCAGAUGAAUGGCUCCCCUUUGCGCUGGGAGACUCGAAAAAGAACUACACGAGGAACCUCAUCGACGAGGGCAAUGGCAAGAGCAACUUGCUCAUCCUAGUCUGGAGCCCCGGGAAAGGAAGCGCAAUACAUGAUCACGCCAAUGCGCACUGCGUCAUGAAGAUCCUAAAAGGCUCUCUAAAAGAAACCCUCUAUGCCUGGCCAGAUCAAGACAAGCUCCAGAAUGGAGAAUCGUCUCCACCGCAAAUAAAAAAGGAGACUAUAUAUGGUGAGAAUCAGGUUACGUAUAUGUCCGACAAGCUGGGCCUUCAUAGGAUCUCGAAUCCGGAUCCUAAUGAUUAUGCCGUGUCGUUGCAUUUAUACACGCCUCCCAACGCAGCAACGCACGGCUUCUCCAUCUUCGAUGAUAAGACCGGCAAGGCCUGUCAUAUCAAGACGUCGCAUGUUUAUUCGGUCCGGGGAGAGCGGUGUUGA